AUUGACGGUUCCAGAGACCCGCCGAUCCGGGCAAUUUCUCCACCUCCGGCGUCUUUGCCUUCCACUUACUUUCCCAUCUUCAAUCUUCAAUCUUCAAUCUUUAAUUCUUCCACUCUCAGUCUGUUUCCUGUCCUUCGAUCUCUUUUUCCCCCAGAAUGAUCUCUGGGGUGUGUAUAUCCCAAAAUUAACUUCCUUAUCUCUCUUAACCAUCCUACUCCUCCUCCAUGGCCAAAUCCGCCGUCGUUCAGGAAUACGCCCCUCCGCCCUCCAAUACCCUCUCUCUCGACCGCAAAGCCACCCACGAACGCCAAUACCAUGCGAUUCCCCGACCGAAAGGCUAUCGCGUCUCGUGGCAUGCCAAUCCAGCCGUGGAGCUGCACCAUUUCGGGCAGUCGCAUCCAAUGAAGCCGUGGCGCCUCACGCUCACGAAGCAGCUGGUGAUGGCGUACGGCAUGCACCACGCGAUGGAUCUGUACUUCGCGCGCGAGGCGACCUACGAGGAGAUGGCCGACUUCCACAAGACCGACUAUCUAGACUUCCUGCAGCAGGUGCUCCCGGGCGACAUGGAGAACGCGGAUCAGAGCGAGAACGUCGUGCGGUUCAACUUCGGGGAUGACUGUCCCAUCUUCGACGGCCUGUACAACUACUGCUCGCUGUACGCGGGCGGCAGCAUCGACGCGGCGCGCAAGCUGUGCAACAACCAGAGCGAGAUCGCAGUCAACUGGUCGGGCGGGUUGCACCACGCGAAGAAGGCCGAGGCCAGCGGGUUCUGCUACGUCAACGACAUCGUGCUGGGCACCCUGCAGCUGCUGCGUCUGCACCCGCGCGUCAUGUACAUCGACAUCGACGUGCACCACGGCGACGGCGUCGAGCAAGCCUUCUGGUCGACCGACCGCGUGCUCACCGUCUCCUUCCACAAGUACGACAAGGACAACUUCUUCCCGGGCACGGGCGCCCGCGACAGCACCGGCCCCAGCCACCCGCUGAACCCGGGCGCGCACCACGCGAUCAACGUCCCGCUGCACGACGGCAUCGACGACGACUCCUACAUCCAGCUCUUCCGCGACGUAGUCAGCUCCUGCGUCAACGUCUACCAGCCCGGCGCCAUAGUCCUGCAAUGCGGCGCCGACUCACUCGGCUGCGACCGCCUCGGCUGCUUCAACCUCAACGUUUCCGCGCACGGCGCCUGCGUCGCCUACGUCAAGACCUUCAACCUCCCCAUGCUCGUCGUCGGCGGCGGCGGCUACACCCCGCGCAACGUGUCGCGCGCCUGGGCCCACGAGACCUCCAUCCUCCUCGACGCCCAGAACCUCAUCGACCCGCACAUCCCGGACACCGUCAAAUUCCGCAACCACUUCGGCCCGGACUACUCGCUCUUCCCGCCGCUGUCGGAGAUGCGCAAGCUCGAGAACAAGAACCCCCGCUCCUACCUCGCCAACCUGUACGAGUCCGUCACCGAGCAGCUCCGCUACAUCAAGGGCGCCCCGUCCGUGCAGAUGAGCUUCAUCCCGCCGGACAUUCUGGGACUCCGCGAGGACACCGAGCACGAGAUCGAGGAGGAGACCGCCCUGCGCGACGAGAUGCGCGAGGAGCAGGACGGGAACGGCAGUUUGGCUAAGUUUAGUCGGCGGCGGGAGUUGGAGCGGGCGGCUGGUCAGCGCGAUGAGCUUUAUGCUUCGUGAUUUUUUUUGACCUUUUUUUCUUUUCGAAUUUGGGUGGAGCUGUAUAUACAUUGGUUAAAUUUUGGGCAGGGCGGUAUUGGC